AUGGGGGAAAAUAUCUUUAAGAAAUAUUGCAAAGAAUUCUUUUUCCUGGACAAUGAUACCAGGUUGUGCAAAGUAGCCCCUGAAGGCUGGAGUGAGGAGCCCCAAAAGAAGACCUCCUGGAAUACCUUCACACUCUUUUUGAGGAUAAAGUUCUUUGUCAGUCACUGUCAGCUGCUCCAGCAGAGCCAGACAAGGCAUCAGUUUUACCUGCAACUUCGGCAAGACAUCCUGGAAGAGAAUCUGUACUGCAAUGAUGAGACAUUGCUGCAACUGGGGGUCCUCGCCUUGCAGGCUGAGUUUGGCAGUUACCCCGUGGAGGAGGUAGGAGUGGAAACAUGGGGCCUCUGGGUGAGGCUCACUGGAACGAGGGGCUCACUGGAACUGGUGGUGGACAGUAGAAUCUAUUUUCGAGUUGAAGACUACAUCCCAGCAAGUCUCAUUGAGAGAAUGACUGUCCUCCAGGCUCAAGUUCAAGUCUCAGAAAUGCACCGUCUCAGUCCUGUGCUUUGGGGAGAAGCAGCCGAGUUGGAGUUCUUAAGGGAACUUAUUCAUCCUGAACUGAUUGAUCCCUGUGAAUCUGCAUUGAAAAUUCCUAUGAGGAAAGUCACACAGCAGCUCCCAGAAUAUGGUGUGUUGGUUUACCGAGUUCUUCCAGAGAAGACAAGGCCAGAUGGGGAGAUGGCCUUGGGGAUCUGCACCAAGGGUGUCAUUGUAUACGAAAUGAAAAAUGAUAGCAGAAUUGCAAUUUUACGCUUUCAGUGGAGAGAAAUCGGGAAGAUUUCAACUUUUCAAAAGAAGUUCACUAUCACAAGCAGUGUCACUGGGAGAAAGCAUAUGUUUAUCACUGAUUCCACCAAGACCUGCAAAUAUUUACUGGGCCUCUGCUCUGCCCAGCAUCACUUUAAUGCGCUGAUGAGCUCUCCUCAAAUUGUAACUGACUAUGAUAAAUGUUUGCGAAUGGCAAACAAUUUGAACUUCACACAGCUGGCCCAGUCCAAGCCUCUCAAUUGGAUGCAGAAAUUGUCAUGCACAGAUAAUGCACUGUUUGAAUGCAGGCUGGAGGACACUAAAGGGGGCCUUCACAACACAUCACUGGAUAACUUCAAUGUGCAGAUCAACAAAGAGACCGGGGCAGAAAGAAUGGGAGGCAGCCCCUGCACUGGCCAGGAGCAGAGGCAGAACAUCAGUUUGAUCCAGAAGCCAAAGCCUUGUGACCAUGUCUCUGGGUUGCCUGUUCAGAGUGUGCACCUGGGAAAAUGCCAGACCAUGGCCCUGGUUUCAGGAUUACAAAAAAACAGGGGAAAGUGCUUUACAUCCCAACUGGAUCAAGAAAUUGUGCACGUGACACUGAGCAGGGACCCAUGUCGUGGUUUUGGGUUUGUUAUUAAUGAAGGAGAAGAAACAGACAAAGUUCAUCCUGGCAUCUUUAUAUCUUCUAUUAUUCCUGGUGGACCAGCUGAAAAAUCAGAAAAGAUCAAACCAGGAGGACAGAUACUAGCCUUAAAUCACAUCAGUCUGGAGGGAUUCACAUUUAACAUGGCUGUUAGAAUGAUUCAGAAUUCUCCUGACAACAUAGAAUUAAUCAUUUCUCAGUCAAAAGGUGUUUGUGGAAGUACCCCAAGCAAGGAGAAAAAUAGCAUAGCCAAUUCUGGGGUCUUCUUCACAGACAGCAGGAACAAUGGGCACCGGGGAGGUAUUUCAUCAUCUAUACAAUACCAGGAAAGAAAUAGUGAAGAACUAGAAUUGCCUGGAACUCAGAACAUGAUGCCCAGACUGAGGCCCCAGCUCUCCUCUCUGCUGUUAAAGCAUGGUGCUGCCUCUUGUCCUCCAUCACUGUCAGAAACCAAUGCCAAUGAAAUUUAUUUUGUUGAACUGGCUAGAGAGGAUGGCACACUUGGAUUCAGCGUGACUGGUGGCGUCAACACAAGUGUGCUUUAUGGUGGUAUCUAUGUGAAAUCCGUUGUUCCUGGAGGGCCAGCUGCCAGGGAAGGGCAGAUCGUGCAGGGUGAGGGAUGGAUUCAUAGGGAAAUCCUGCCUUCCAUAGUUUUAUGA